CACUUCAGCAGAUCUGCUCUUCUCUCUUUAAAACAAAAAUCAACAGCAACAUAUUAAAACAAGCAAGUGCCAGUACCGUCUAAACGAAGAUGGACGGUGGAAAACAGAGGAAGGGUGGAGCAGAGAGAGAAGGAGAUGCCACUAAAAGCUUCAAAAUGGAUCAAAUGAAUGCAUGCACGGGACCACCACUGCCAGAUGGAGAGAGUAACACUGGUGCCACAGUAGAACAGACAUCCGAUACUUCAGAGCAACCUGCAGCCGUCAGGUCUACACCUCCCACAGUCUUCAACAAUAAUGAGCUGAUCAGGAUUGUGUUGGUGGGGAAGACUGGAGCUGGGAAGAGCGCCACAGGAAACACCAUUCUGGGACAAAAGAAAUUUAAAUCCGAGUUUGCCUUUAUAUCUUUGACAGAAUGCUGUCAAAAGGCUUAUGGUGAUGUGGAUGGACAAAUGGUUGCUGUUAUCGACACUCCAGGUCUGUUUGACACCAGGAACACUGAAGAGAAAACAGCUGAAGAUAUUGUCCAGAGCAUUUCUUAUGCUUCACCUGGACCUCAUAUCUUCCUGGUUGUCAUUAAACUGGGCAGAUUCACAGAGGAAGAAAAACACACAGUAGAGAAGAUUCAGGAAAUCUUUGGUGAGGAAGCCAACAAAUACAGCAUGGUUCUCUUUACCCAUGGUGACCAACUCAAAGGGAAAACUAUUGAGGAGCUCUUGGAGGAGAGCAAAGCUCUGCAGGAACUUGUGGCCAAAUGUAACAACCAGUACCACGUGUUCAAUAAUGAACUGAAGGAUCAUUCUCAGGUCAGAAAGCUGCUCGAGAAGAUAAGAAAUAUAAAUGUGCAGAAUGGAGGAAGCUACUACAACACUGAAAUGUUCCAAAAGGCCGAGAGAGCGAUAGAAGAGAAGAAACAACAAAUCUUGCAAGAGAAAGAAAAGCAAAACUGCAAAGAGCAGGAGGAACUGAGGAAGGAAAUAGAGAAAGAGUAUCAGCAAAAGAUGAGAGAAAUGGAGGCUGAGAAGGAGAAACAGUUGAGGGCUGCUCAGGCAGAGAGAGAAGAGGAGAAACAAAGAAUCCUGAAAGAGAAAGAAAAGCAAAACCGCAGAGAGCAGGAGAAACUGAGGAAGGAAAUAGAGGAAAAGUAUCAGCAAAAGAUGAGAGAGAUUGAGGCUGAGAUGGAGAAAUUAAGAGAAGAACGUGAAAAAGAAGAAAAAGAGAAAAUAAAAAAACUAAAAGAAGAGCAAGAAUUUCAGGCCAGAAAGGAAGCCGAGAACAAUGCUAAGGUCAAAGCCAUGUUGAUUGAUUUUGGUGUACUUGCUUUGUCUAUCAGCUUAAUGGUGUUGUCCAGAGGACAAUGUAAACUAAGAUAGAUGAAUAGACAACAGUUGAAGAUAUUGCUCAGUGCAUUUCUUAUGCUUCUCCUGGACCCCAUACCUUCCUGGUAGUACAGCUAGUAAUAUGUGUUCAUUAAUGACUUUAAGGAUCAUUCUCAGGUCUAACAGCUGCUCAAGAAGAUCAGAAUGGAGCCACUACACCACUAAAAUGUUCCAAAGAGCAGAGAGAGCUAUCAAAGAGAAGAAACAACAACAACAACAACAACAUGAGAAAAAAACUGAAGGAACACCAAGAAUUUCAAGCUAGAAGCCGAGAAGAGAAAUUCAAUAAUCCAACUGUUAAUUCAAAUGAUUCAUGUCUGUUUAUCUCUACUUUUGCAAAUCAUCUAUUAGAAAAAAAAUUUGUUUCGUCAUGUGAAGCCACGUGUCUUGACAGUUUCCACAGCAAAUUUUGUGUUUCCAACUCAAACAGAAAAAAAUUCAGUGGGGCUUUUCCUUAACAUACAAAAUAUAGUCGUUAGUCAUUAAUGGGUUAAAUAAAGGUUGAAUGAAAGAAUCAUUUCUACAGGAAACAGAACAAUAUCAAUGUGUUGAUUUAUUUCAAAGACCUGCUGGAAGUCAAACCCAGAAAUGUUUUAAAAGCUUAACAUCUUGUGAAAGUAGCAUCAGUUGACUGGGUUUGCAGAGCUCAUGUUCAUUUGUUAUCAUGUUGUGAACAGAGAGUAGAAAGUCCAGUUGUAAAGGCUGGCCGCACCCAAUAUAUGCACAUUGGCAAUUUAAAAGAAAGUGUGUCAUUUCUUGUAAAUGCAGAUGGGAGAAGUGAACAGGGUGGACUGUUUAUCUGAAUGAACUCUGAACAUCCGGGAGGAUUUUUUCAUGUCUAUCUUGAUACAGUACUCUUAUGCCAUAUACUGUAUCAUAUGUUAUGAGCCAUAUAAACAAGUCAUAUAUAUAUUAUUGUUGGCUGUAAUUAUUCCCACUGAAUCAGAAUCAGAAACAGGUUUAUUGCCAAAUAAGUUUGCACAUACAAGGAAAUUUGUCUUGGUGUUGUGGUGCAUAAUAAUAAAAAAUUAGAAGGUAAGAGAAAAAACAAUUAUCCAUGCAACGUGAGAAGAAUUACAACAACCACAAAAGAAAGGUGAUAUGAAUA